GGAAUUUAAAACUUUGUGAAUUCUCAAAUCUGUCCGUCCGCUAUGAAAUACUAAAAAAUAAAAAGUCUUUCCCUUCACAAAAUUUUCAAAUAAAAUAGAAAAAGGUGAUAUCUUGAAGAUGAUUGACAAGAAUAAAUAAACAUCACGAACUCUCAAACCCGUCUUUCCACCAAAUAAAAUAGUAGUAGUACCAAAAAUUCAUAUCUUCAAGAUCAUUCUACAUCAUCUACUUCUAAGCUGAGCAGAGAGGUCUAAACCUCAAGUUUCCUCCACUCGCAUAGGAGAGAGAUUGAGGAGUCGGAUAAUUUUAAUCUCGACAACCAGAAAUGGCGGGGCAGAAAAGAGUCCUCUUGCUGUGCGGAGACUAUGUCGAAGAUUACGAGGUGAUGGUUCCAUUUCAAGCGUUACUGGCAUAUGGGCUAUCCGUUGACGCUGUCUGCCCCGGCAAGAAAGCGGGCGACAUUUGUCGCACUGCAAUCCAUGAUCUUCGAGGACAUCAGACAUAUUCCGAGUCAAGGGGGCAUAAUUUUGCUCUUAAUGCUACUUUUAAUGAAAUAGAUACUACCAAAUAUGAUGGAUUGGUCAUACCAGGAGGACGUGCCCCAGAAUAUCUCGCGGUGGAUGAAUCUGUUGUAGCUUUGGUAAAAAAGUUUGAAGACUUGAAAAAGCCAAUUGCGUCCAUCUGCCAUGGACAGUUGAUCUUGGCUGCAGCUGAUAUGGUUAAAGGCCGAAAAUGCACUGCUUAUCCAGCUCUUAAACCUGCACUCGUUGCUGCUGGUGCCCAUUGGGUAGAACCAGAUACCAUGGCCUUUUGUACCAGUGAUGGAAACCUGAUAACUGGUGCUACAUAUGAUGGACAUCCUGAGUUCAUCCGCCUUUUUAUCAAUGCAUUGGGAGCCAAGAUAUCUGGUUCCGGAAAGCGAAUCCUAUUUCUUUGUGGAGAUUUCAUGGAGGAUUAUGAGGUGAUGGUUCCAUUUCAGUCCCUUCAAGCCCUUGACUGUCAUGUUGAUGCUGUUUGCCCGGGGAAGAAAGCAGGUGAGACAUGCCCUACAGCUGUUCACGACUUCGAAGGUGAUCAAACCUACAGUGAGAAGCCAGGCCACAACUUUACUUUAACUGCGGGUUUUGAAAGUGUGAAUUCCUCGAGCUAUGAUGGACUUGUCAUACCUGGGGGUCGUGCUCCAGAGUAUUUGGCGCUGAAUGACAAGGUUAUUCAAGUAGUGAAGGAAUUUAUGGAAUCCAAGAAACCAGUAGCAUCCAUCUGCCAUGGACAACAGAUUUUAUCUGCUGCUAAUGUUUUAAAGGGCAAGAAAUGCACUGCAUACCCGGCUGUGAAACUUAACGUUGUUCUAGCGGGGGCUACAUGGUUAGAGCCGGACCCCAUUCACCGGUGCUUCACUGAUGGAAAUCUGGUUACUGGAGCUGCCUGGCCAGGCCAUCCUGAAUUUGUAGCUCAGUUCAUGGCGCUUCUUGGCCUCACUGUAUCAUUCUAGCUACUUCACUAAUUAUAACAAUUAGUGCUUGUGUCUGGUUAUGUCUGGUUGUUUAUGCAUGCUGAGUUUGGGGUACAUACUAUCUUCCCUGGGAUUGUAUGAGAGUGUGUGCUGCUUAUCUUUUGUUGGAUAUUUGACGUGCUGAGUUUUUCAUACUUAUGAUGACUGAAAUAAUACAGUACAUCCUUUGUCCAUCAAAAAAACACUACCUUCUGUCUGCAUCAUAAAUUUUUCCACAAUUUUCUUGUCGGGUCUCUCCACAAAAAUUUGUCACUUCUAUUUAUAAUAGUCAAGUCCAUACAAUUUCACUGACAUUUAAAGUGAGAUGUUUACUCUAUUCACAUUUUAUUAGAGCUAGUAUCA